CGCCUCUGCUGUCCCCGCCGCCGGCGACAGCUACCAAACGCUCUGGCUUUGUUUCCCGAGCCGGCGCUGAGCCCAGCUUUUCUGUCGCCCUCCUUCUUCUCUUCCGACAACGUUGCGGCUAUAGGUUUCACGCGUCUGUUCACUGUCUUUCUGCCCGAGAGAUCUUCCCUGUCAGUGUGUCGCAUCACUGCAUCGCGCAGGUCUAUAUCGCACCCCUUCGUUUCCUUUACUUCCUCGCCUUUACCUGGCCAGCCGCUCCUUACUGUAUCAGUCAAACGAAGGUUGCGAAACUUUAAUUGAAUGCAAGCGGGAGUGGUUCUACUGAGCCUCUUUGAAUCAGUGCACGCAGGGUCCGCACAGCACAGCGUUGUUCUCGACAGUCAGCGCAUUGCAGUGGCCAUUGUCUCGGAUUGACCGCUCCAUUAGCGUCCAGCGUCCCGUAUACCGUUGCGCGUUUGGCCUAGUGUGUCCUUCAUUGAUCGAUAGGUCUGGAGCCAGCUUUCUGCACGCAACUCACACAUGGCCGCAGCUGUUCUACCCAACAUCCGUCCAAACCCUGUAUCCAACCCGCUCCCCAUGUCUCCUCGCGGUGUAGACGCUGCGACGGCCUCGCCAUCUCGUUUAGGCCAUGCUCAGGCCUCCGGAUCCCGUACAUUCACUCCGGAGGUACCUGAGCCCUCCCCCAAAUCGUUCAAGCGGUUGCGCUCCUCAUUAGAGCAGAGCAUCCGCAAUGCCACAAAGUCCAAGGCCAAGUCGCCGCCGCCGGUGGACGAUGAAUUCGCGAGAAUUAUGGCCAAGGCAGACAAGGGCAAAGGGAAGGAAGCCAGCGAAAGCAGUAGCGCACCGAAGGAGAAGGAGAGGGAGAAGUCGAAGAUGCUCAGGAGACUACAGUCGCAAGUCGGAUUCCGUAAACCCGGUAAAGUUUCGACUGAUCGGUCCGAUACCCCUGCCGCAACACCUCCUAUUCCCGGCAAACCGAGGGAAGGGAAUGCGCCGAGGGUAACCGACUUGGAUGACGACCGUGAAGAUCGAGUCCCAGGCUUAACACCUUUCCAGCCACCAUCCCUCCGACAGGCAUCCAUGUCCUCCCCCGCCGUCUACUUAUCGGCACAGCCGUCGCCCCUCCCAAAGCCCUCCCGGGACCGCUCGAAACGGUCGAGCCUACAGCCCAGUACGAGCUCGAGGGACAUCAGCGGCCCUACGCCAUUAGCUCCCCGUCGGGACUCGUCUCGAGUGAACGGAAAUGCUAGUUCUAGCAGUGCCGUGAAAGACUCGUCUCGCGACCACCGGGCACCUAAGCAUCGGCCAGCUCCUUUACUUCCGUCCUCCCCUUCUACCGUCACCCUCCCUGGCCCUGAUACUCCGACAAGACGUACUCGUGAGCCCAUCAGCCCUCCUGAAACCCCAACACCCGGUUCGUCUUCACGACCACCACCUAUUCUCACGGCGCGGAAGGCUUCAGCUAGUGCAAGCCAUUUACCCCUCAACGAGCGGUCUAUCUCUCCAAUCCCCAUCAGUCCUCCUCGUUCGCCAACAUCUCGGCGCGUCGUGACUCCGACACAGCGAGGGUUAGUAUCUGCUUCGACGUCUCAUCUUCCCCUUAACCCACCCACCUCCCCAACGACUGGCAGACGACCGUCUUUCGACGCAAAUCGAAGACCCUCAUUGGACGCAAGUCGCCCCUUUCGACCGACUCAUUCCCCUUCAGCCUCCCGAUCUGAUUCUCCAUCAACUCAGUUACGACCUCGAGCGGUCUCGCCGACGUAUGCAAAUCACAACCGCGGUUACAAUGCGUCUACCACGUCACUCUCUUCUCCAUCGAAUCCAGAGCAUCGGGAGCUCAUUCGUAACGCGUCGUCGCUAUUAUGCAAAGAGAUGGCGAGACCCCCUGUCCAUCAUAGCAAAAUUGGAAUUGCGAAGGAUUGGGAAGAAGUCGAGGUGCGGUUGAGAGCUCUGGCGAGGCUGGAACGCGUAUGGGGGAAGAGUGGCGCAAACGUCAGUCAAUCUAGCCUAUUCGGUCCAAUGUCAUCGAGUGGGUUGAGCACUAGUGGCGAGGAGCGGGAACGGAGAUUGUUCAGCGAGGCAUUAAGGGAUGGAUAUGUUCUUUGCCAACUCGUGAAUAAACUCAGAUCCAAUCCCGUCAUCCGACCAGACCCUCGAGAGGACGGAUUUGUGCGGACGUCCAAUGUCACAAAGUUCCUGGCGGCCUGUGCCCAAUUCGGAGUUGCUGCAGACGAGCUCUUCCAGAGAGACGACCUGAUCAACGGAGACUCGGAAUCUCUGGCGCGCGUUGCUCGCACUGUUAUCGCGCUCCUAAGGGUCGCCGAGUUCCCUCCUGCUGACCGCGCGAAGUUCCUAUCUGGUGGCGACAGAGAAGCACUCUCUUCAAGAAAGCAAAGUUCAUCGACUUCUCAUUCGGGGCCCUAUGGUCAAGGUGCCAGUUCGCACUUGGCGGCAUCUUCCCCUAAUCUAAGUUUGGCUCAGGCUCAACGGUCAACUUCGCCUACUGGUCCCGGGUCCCCUAUGGGCAAGAAAAGAUGGAGUCCGCCGACACCAUUGCCUACUGUACGUUCCGAUAGCCCCGAGAGUGGGUCAGGUUCUGGGAGCGGUAGGACCGAGCGUGGAGGCACUGCGAUGAAUCAUGGGCGAAGUAGUCCUGGGGCAAGUAGUGAACGCGAUGAGGUCCCCCCAAUCCUCUCCCCUCCCCCUCGUUCUCCCCUACGCGCACGUUCGUAUUCGAAACCUACCGAUGCCAGGAAUGGGGCCAGUCCCGAACGGAUCUCGGUGGCAGAUUCGACUCGGGCGUCCAUUGGUGGCGAUUCGAUUCAAGCUUCUCUGGCAGAUUCGAUGGCCGCGACUCGACAGUCUCUGGCCUCGAGUGCCGUCUCAGACACUACUGCCUUCUCGAGUCUCUUGGAGGUCAACAGGAGCAAUAGUAGUGGGCAGAAUAAGUUCGGCACUAUCAGGACUGUCACCACGGAGGCAACGUCCUUUAUCCCUUCCGAUCCUCCGUCCUUCACCAGAUCGGAAGCCAGUGGCAUCGCUGCUGCAUUGGCAGAAGACAAUACGGUUCGCAAACGUACUGAGUCUAAUGGCAAGCGGGAGCGGAGACCAAGCGAGGUGGCCGUGAUUGACCUGUCCAGGGUCGUGGAAGAGGCGGAGGAGGCAAGCGCCAGCUCAGGAAGGAAGAGUGACCGGUCGAAGAGCACGUCGCGGAGAACAGACGAUGCUGUUGAGGAGCGUCUGCCAAGGACUCCUCAGAUUCGACUGGGCAAAGGGAAGUGGCCAGACGAUUUCAUGGAUGCGUUCCACUCUCCUGCGAGUCCUACGCGGUCGUCAGCGAGGUCACCGACAUCGGAGCUGGACGAUAGGUCUGGCGCUACCAGUCCGAUUUCCAUCUCACCGCCUAGGAAGCUGGCAUAUGUUGGGGCAUCGCGGCAGAAUGAGAGUGUGGACUCUUUGCCUCAAUUCGCACCCCGUCGUCCGACGCAUCGACCUCGUCAUAGUAUUGAUGCGCCGGUGCUGUUGCCGAAGGAAAACCUACUGCGCCGAGACUCAAGUCCUGACAGCGGUUUAUCUUCUGGGUCACCUCGGGUGAUGCUUCGUCGGAGCAGCACAAAGACAGGAGCGAACCGCAAUGGGAUGUAUGUACCCCGACUGGAUGAGCCUCGCUCGCCAACGGAUGCCGACCCGCGUGUGCCCUUCCCGCGCACUGUGUCUGGCGAACAUCUUGGAACUGGCCAGGGAUCCUCCGCCGACGUCUCUCGCCGGCCGACCUCUCCCGCUGAGGACAAGCCGCGUCAACCCAGAGGACGCUUCCAAAGCGAAAUCGAGGGAUCCAGCUCCCGGCGGCGACCUCGACCCAACUCUUAUGAUGACAUGGGCGCGAAGCCAGGCAGAACUCGUUUUGAGAGUAUGGUGAACUUGGGGGUCGUAUCCAGCAAUGCUAGUGCCAGUGACCUGAUGUCCCGAAACUCCAUGGACGGGAGUGCUGUCAGGGAGACGCUAAUCGUCCGAGAGGAUGGCAAAGCUUCUACUCAAUUCCAACUGGGCAACUGCAUAGGUCGAGGGCAGUUCGGCUCUGUCUACCGCGCUCUGAACCUCAACACCGGUCAAAUGGUUGCCGUCAAGCGCAUACGGCUCGAAGGUUUGAAGGAAGACGAGAUCUCGCAACUCAUGGGUGAAGUUGACCUCCUGAAGAGUCUGUCACACCCAAGCAUUGUUAAAUAUGAAGGCAUGGCUAGAGAUGCCGACACGUUAAGCAUUGUCCUUGAAUAUGCUGAGAACGGAUCUCUCGGGCAAACCAUCAAAGCAUUCGGUAAACUGAACGAACGUCUUGUCGCCACUUACGUAGUAAAGAUCCUGGAAGGCCUCGAUUACCUGCAUCAGAACGACGUAGUGCAUUGCGACCUCAAGGCUGCAAAUAUCCUCACGACAAAGAAUGGAAAUGUUAAGUUAUCAGACUUCGGUGUCUCUCUCAACCUUCGGGCAAUGGAACGCGAGAUGAAAGACGUAGCCGGCACGCCGAAUUGGAUGGCUCCUGAGGUUAUCGAACUGAAGGGUGCCUCCCCGAAGUCGGAUAUCUGGUCAUUGGCAUGCACCGUGAUCGAGCUUCUGACCGGUCGUCCACCUUACGCUGAUAUUGCCAACAGUAUGACGGUCAUGUUCCGGAUUGUCGAGGAUGACGCGCCUCCGUUACCUGAGGGAUGCUCUGAUCUCCUGAAGGACUUCUUGACGCAGUGCUUCCAUAAAGAUCCUGCCAUGCGGCCUAGUGCGGAAAUGCUCUGUGAGCAUGAAUGGCUCAAGAAGAACUGGAUAGGUGCCAAGGAACUGCGUCCUCAGGAUAGCAUACCAUUCUUGCGUCGUGUUAGUGCUGAUAUGCACAAGCAGUCAUCGGAGGCCGUCCAACGAUACCUCGCUGGUGUUGACAUACCCAAACCUUCGCCGACGUCUGGGGAGUUCUUCUCCAGCCCUGACGAUACCCUUGCAGGAUCGCCGCCUAAACGUCGUUUGUCGAAUACCCCUUCUACCCCCAUUUCUCACGACUCCGAUGGUAUGGGCCCUCGUGAACACUCCUUUGUGAAGACCACGUUCAGUAAAUCUAUGAUGUGCCGAGUGUGUCUGCAAGGGGUGAAGAAACACGCGGUAUUGUGCGAGCAGUGCAGCUUGAUUGCCCACUCAAAGUGUGCCGCCAACGCACCUCCCACUUGCGACCUUCGCUCUCAAUUGCUUCUUUUUGCCCAGUACGCGGAGAAAGGUGUACCAGGGAGCGCAUAUACCAGUGCUAUGGAGGCCAUUGCUGCCGCGCAAAUUCCAGGCAGUAGCCCUUCGUCCGAAGUAGGCGUCUUAUCUUCUCCCAGGACUAGUAUCGAUUCACCGCCGUUGCAAUCUCCUCUGGUUGUGACGCCCCACCCUCCUACCGCCUUCAAGAUGAUGGGAGGAGUUUUUAAGCGCUCUCGAUCUUCUUUAUCCGCUGAAACCGUCGACUCUCAUUCGGCUACGUCCUUGCCCAUACCCCCGUCUUCACCGCCUCCCAUGCCUCCUCCUGUGGAGAAACCUCUUCGCAAGAAGCACUCGGUGCUCAAGCGGAACAGAGAGGGGAAGGAUAGACCUCGGUCUAUCUCGAGCAACAGCACGACACCAAACACCGCGAGUAUGCGAAGUGCCCUGACUACAACUGAGAGCUUCAAGACUGCAGGAAGGAAUUCAGUCGCCUCAGGAAGUGAGACGGAGACCGGCCGUGGUUCGGAUGGCCCAUUUUCUAGCUCUGGAGGCUCGGAGUCACAAAGAGCUUCCAAGGUCAGCGCCCUGUCCGACGUAUCGGAGAUUGGAGAAGCCUCAUCGAAUCGGAUCCCCGGAGACAUCUCCACUGGCACCAAGCGACACAGGAGGCGCGACCGCGACUCGAAGUCAUCAAAUGGUGGAUGUGUUGUACAAUAAUUUCCUAUGCAGGCCGCGUCAUAUAUCUUUCCCAAUCGCGGUCCUUAGUUUGAUUCUUAACUCCCAUUGCAUAGGCCUCUACUUAUCGUCGUUUCCAGUUAAUUCCCGGACAGUGUAUUGUCUACUAUUGAUUCCUGCCUGGAUUGUCGCAUACAUAGUCGUUGCUCCUACUAUUAUUACCCAUCACUCUCGUACAUUCACUUUGCUCCCUUAGCUGAUUGAUGCGCAAUUGACUCCCGCACGUC